AGAGAUCGCAGAAAUUGAGCGUCAGCACCGCCGCCGCUUUCUCUCCUCCUCCUCCUCGGCCUACGCCUCCUCUUCUUCCUCUGCCUUCUCCUCCCGCUCUUCCUCCUCCUCCUCCUCCGACACGACGCCCGGAGCCUGCGCCGAGUCCCGGGCCGCGCGGUGCCAUGCUGCCCCGGCGGCGGCGCUGAAGGAUGGCGACGCCCGUCCCUCCGCCCUCCCCGCGGCACCUGCGGCUGCUGCGACUGCUGCUCUCCGGCCUCGUCCUCGGCGCGGCCCUGCGCGGUGCCGCCGCCGGCCGCCCGGAUGUGGCCGCCUGUCCUGGGAGUCUGGAUUGUGCCCUGAAGAGGCGGGCACGGUGCCCCCCGGGUGCACACAUCUGUGGGCCCUGCCUUCAGCCCUUCCAGGAGGACCAUCAAGGGCUCUGCGUGCCCAGGAUGCGCCGGCCUCCGGCCGAGGGCCCACCCCAGCCCAGACUGGAAGAUGAGAUCGACUUCCUGGCCCGGGAGCUAGCCCGGCAGGAGGCGGGGCCCUCGAGGCUCACGGCCCCGCCCCAGCUUGGGGCGCGACAGCGGCUCCUGGAGCCUGCAGCCACCCUGGGGCUCUCAGAGCGCGGCCAGGGCCCCGACCUGGGCCUCCCGUCCACUCGGGGAGCCCCCGCUCCCACGCCCCACACCUCCUUGGGCACCCCCGUGUCAUCUGGGCCGGUGCACAUGGCCCCCCUGGAGCCCCGGGGCGAGCGCGGUGACGGCCUCGCCCUCGUGCUGGUCGUGGUGUGCUCCGUGGCCGGCGCCGCCGCCUUCGCCGUGGCCGCUCUUUGCUGGUGCAGCAGCCCGGGGACCAGCGGCUGGCCCACAGCGCCGAGAUGUACCACUACCAGCACCAGAGGCAGCAGAUGCGGUGCCUGGAGCGGCAUAAAGAGCCGCCCAAGGAGCUGGACUCGGCUUCCUCGGACGAGGAGGACGAAGACGGCGACUUCACGGUGUACGAGUGCCCGGGCCUGGCCCCGACCGGAGAGAUGGAGGUGCGGAACCCGCUGUUCGACCACUCCUCGCUGUCGGCGCCCCCGCCGUCGCUGUCCGAGCCCCCGCAGCAGUGACCUGAAGGCCCACACCCACCCUCUCCGACCGUUGGGCCCACCGGUGGGGAGGGGCAGGGCCCGGCGUUUCCCAUUAAAGAGAGCGCGUUCUGACACUCGCGUGCUUGUGGCUGAGCCCCGGCCCUUGUUGGGGAGACCUCCCGCCCUGCCAGGACCUCUGUCUCCCUUGCGCCUGUCCUGAGUCCUGUUCUCUGAG